UACACCUACUGACACGGGAGCUGAGGAAAGAUGGCUGCCCCCAUGUUGAGAAGGACGGCGUUAGGAGUCCUCAGUGCAUUUACCAAGCUGCAGCGUUCCAUAUACGGUAAAACUGAGCAGUUACUUUCAUGCUCCAGCGGUCGUGCAGUGGGUCGGCUGCCAGCGCAACAUCCCCGUACCCAGGUAUUAUAGAAUCUCAUGAAGAGUUUCAUUUUGUGGAGCGUCUCAUACCACCAACACGGGUGCCCCAACCACCAAAGCAUACAGGAGUAACCCCAUCUGGAUGGAUCCCCCCUAAAGACACACCGCCAGAUCUUCCAUACAUUGUGAGGCGCUCCCGGAUGCACAAUAUUCCAGUGUACAAAGACAUCACCCAUGGUAAUCGGCACAUGACAGUUAUCCGGAAGAUUGAAGGAGACAUAUGGGCUCUGGAAGCAGAAGUACAGGAAUUCCUGACCAAUCUAACAGGAAGGACACCAGCAACUCAGGUCAAUGAGGUCAACCAUUCAAUCCGGAUAAAAGGCUAUUAUGAUGAGGAACUACAAACAUGGCUGGCCGAAAAGGGUUUUUGAAACUAUUGGAACGAAAAGUACAGAGACUGUGGUCACAAUGAUUAAAGACUUAUAUUCCAAAAUGUCUUGUUUUGCUAAUAUUAAGAAAAAUAAAAAGGUGUUGGUGGAUGUUA